AUGGACGACCCGACAGCCACUGGGCAGCUCCGCUACCUCAACGACUCGUUCAUCCGCGGCUCGUUGACCCGUCAAGAGUAUGACGAGCUGCUGCCGUUCCUCACGUCGCCGUCGAUGUCGUCCUCGGCCUUGGAACCAGACGUCCCAGUCCAGCGGCCCAGCGAGACAACGACACCAGCCACAACGCCGUUGAGGCCAUCGCGCAGCGUCCACUUUGCCGACAGUGUGCCCCCUCCAGAGCCCAUGGAGACCUCGUCGUCGUCUCAAAUCCUGGCAUCGCCGUCUCGAAUCCUGGCAUCGCCGUCGGCUGCUUCCUCGAGACUCGAGCUGCGCUGUUCAGUGUGCGGCACCAGCAACGACGCAAUGGUCACCAGUCGCUGCGACGCGUGCGAUUCGCACCUUAUUAUGACCGACGAGCAGUGGGCCGCGAGACGGGGCCGGGGAAGGAGGGCGAGCUGGCCCGGUGUGACGGCCCACGCACCGUCCCGUGGCACGCUCACGAUGGCCAACGACGGGCGCCUCGUGAUCUACGACGGCUUCUUCUCGUGCGUCUUACUCGACACGCAGGUCGUCUCGAUGGAGCAAGGAGGCACGUGUCAGGUCUUUGUCAUGUGCUGCACGUGGCAACCGCAGCGGCCGAAUGAACGUCGAGGCCUCCCAAGCCACGCGACUUGGUACGUGUCGCAACGCUUUAGCCACUUCGAGAAGCUGCACAAGGCGUUGAAGCGGAGGUCUGAACGCUUGACAAAGGCGUUGCUGCCUCCGUUUCCAGCCAAGUAUUACCUAAAGGACCGACGCGAGAAGAGAAAACAGGGCUUGGCGGUCUACAUGCCGCGGCUACUGGAGGUGUGUGCGAACUUACCCUCCGCCCAGCAAAUGCCGGAACUCGACGAGUUCCUCGACAUUCCGCGUCAGGUCCAGUAUUUCUACUCGCAACGUUCACAUGCUGAUCGUCGAGCGGCUUCAGCACCCCCAGCCAGACUGUCUUUUCAGUCGACGGCUUCGCCCAUGGAUGAGGUCGAGCUCGGGGAAGCGGAAGUGGCUGUACGACUACUUGCUCGAGCCGUAUGGAAUGCACGGGGCGACGUGCGUGGCGACCGCACGGUCCAGCAUCAUUUGGACGUGUGCAUACGAUUGGCGCCAAGCCUGCAGCGCUCUGCUGAUCUGGACAACCCGUUUACGGAUGCGGACCUCAUUCCUCGUGCGAUGCAGUGCCAAGAAGACUUGCAGCAGGCCGUUGCGAUGUUCAAUGACGCUUUGCUGGCUGCUCCGGGCACUGCUAUGCAGCAGCAGCAGCAAGUGCAGCCUACGCGGCAUGUCCAGGCGCAGCAGCCAUUCACUCGCAACAUCGUGCCCGCAAGUGCCGCGUAA